GUCAUUGUAGAUAAUCACUGAGAAAAUGACCGCCGCUGGUCUUUUCACUAAUUCGACGCCGACGGUCGCUUCUCAUGAGAUCGUGGUUGGUGUGACUACGGGACAUGUAGGAUCCAAGAACAAGAACGUUGGUUGGUUCGCCAAGACGGAACCUGUGAUACAACCAGCCGCUCGGGACCUUCUCGAAAACUACUCCGGCAUACCCGCGGAGAAGAUCGUUGAGCAUGUACUGGCAAUUCGCGACCAGGCAUGGGAGGUCAAUGCCUAUCCAUGCAUCGGGCAGUUCCGCUUCCUGGACCUCAGCAUGAUGCGUCUGGACAUCUACCCGCGGAUCCUCGAGAAAUUAAAAGCGGGGGGCAAAUUGCUAGAUCUCGGCUGCUGCCUGGCCCAGGACAUUCGAAAACUGGUCGUUGACGGCGUGCCGGCGGAGAACCUAUAUGGCGCCGAGUACGAGGCGCCGUUCGUAGAUGUUGGCUAUGAUCUGUUUAAAGACCGCGAAACUCUCGGGGCGCAUUUCUUUCAGGCGGACUCGCUCGACGACGACCCGGAAACCCAGCUGAACAGAUUGAAGGCCAGCAUCGAUGUCAUACACCUGGGCAUGGUGUUGCAUGUGUUCAGCCGCGAGGACCAGCUGAUUACCCUCAGUCGCUGUGUUGAGAUCUUGAAGCCGGAGCCGGGUGCCCUGAUCGUCGGCCAGGCAGUCGGUCAUGCCGAGGGAAAGGCCAGCCCGGCCCACGAAGGUGUUAUCAGCUUCAAGCACAGCGAUACCACCUUCAAGCAGCUCAUCCGGGAAGUUGAAGGGGCGACAGGCGCAAAGUUUCGAGUCAAGGCGGAUCUGGAUCAAGGGCUGGGUGUUGGUGACGGCAAGAGAAGGUGGGAUCUUGACGAUAAGACGAGGAGGCUGACUUUCGUUCUGGAGCGAGUCGCUUGAGUCGACUCUCGUUGCGUAUCAUGUAGGACUUCGGCUAUCGCCAUAUGAGCUCGACGUAGAAUAAAUGGCAAGGCCAACGGCGUGGGCAACAGUCAUGACAUUG